AAUUUUAGUUUAUCAUUGAAAUUCGGAGUUAAAAAAAAGAACAACUAGUUUCAUCCCUUCCGUCGUCGCUCACCUGCGUUUUCUUCAACUAUAAUUUCAAAACCCUAGAAUUUAUCAUUCUCUGACAAUUCUUUACUCCAAAAUCAUGGAUCAAUACUAUCACCACCACCAACCUCAUAGUCAGUGGCGGCAACCACCGCCACCACAGCAGCCUAGCCCAUGCCCAGUUUGUUCAAUUCCUCACUUCCCAUUCUGCCCUCCUUACCCUCCUUACCACCAUCAAAACCCUAAUUACCCUCAGCAUCCCAAUUAUGCCCGACCUGGAUUCGACCCCUUCCAACCUCCGGCACCACCACCACCUCCACCUCCACCACAGCCAGCCCCAGCACUGCCACUACCUCCUCCUCCUUACAUCAAUGGGUUUGCUGAUCCUAGAUCCUGGCAUACCAACCCUAAUUACGGCUACGAUUAUGCUACGGCUGGUGGUGGUGACAUCGAUCGGAGCUACAAACGACCGAGGAUUGAGGAGGGUUGUUCGGGUCCAGCUCGGAUUUUGACGGAGGAUGAGAGAAGGUUGAAGUUGAUUCGUGAUCAUGGAGCUGCUUCAUUUAGUGGAUUUAACCAAGAGAACAAAUCUCUCCAUAAUAACAUUAAUAACAAUAACAACGUCAACUUAAUGCCGCCAAGGAGUUCAGAGAUGUAUAACAUCGAAGAUUCACUUAAUAAUUAUACCGAUUAUUAUGGUAAUAAUAAUUAUAAUUAUAAUCAGCCGCAGCAGAUUCAGCAUACAGAUUCAGUGCCCACGGCGGUCAACCAUUGGCAAGGUUAUGAACAGAGACUGGGAGGUUAUUUGCCACACCCUGGUGGCAAUCACAUGUCUCAGCCGCCACCUCCUCCUCUUCCAGCUUCUCCGCCACCACCUCUGCCCGUGGAGGCUUAUUCUUCAUCAUCCAAUUCAUCAGUUUCUUUAUUUCCAAUAGGUGUUAGUUCAUCAGUCACAGCACAUUCCACUUAUCCGGUGGUUACUGAACCUUACUAUCAGAACAAACCUCCUCCACAUGCUUUCCAUAGGGAGGAUCCUCAGGUUACCCAUAGGACUUCCUCUGUGAAAUAUGCGGCCAAUCCUCAAAAGGAAUUAUCUUCUGAUAAGGCUAAAUUUGUUGAUGCUUCUGAGUUGUUUAAGAUGCCUCAUAGAGCUUCUCGGCCUGAUCAUAUUGUGAUAAUUCUUCGAGGGCUUCCAGGUAGCGGAAAGAGCUACUUAGCAAAGAUGUUACGAGAUCUUGAGGUUGAAAAUGGUGGUGAUGCUCCUCGUAUCCAUUCCAUGGAUGAUUAUUUUAUGACCGAAGUUGAAAAGGAUGAGGAGAUAGAAGUUUCAAAAUCAUCAAGUUCAGUUCGAAGUAAGAAAACAGUGAAGAAGAUGGUUAUGGAGUACUGUUAUGAACCUGAAAUGGAGGAGGCAUAUCGAGAAAGCAUGUUGAAAGCAUUUAGGAGGACCCUUGAAGAUGGGAUCUUCAGUUUUGUAAUUGUGGAUGACCGCAAUCUGCGGGUAGCUGAUUUUGCUCAGUUUUGGGCAAUUGGAAAGAGAUCCGGUUAUGAAGUUUACGUGUUAGAAGCUACAUAUAAGGAUCCUGUGGGCUGUGCAGCUAGGAAUGUGCAUGGUUUUACCCUAGAUGAUAUCCAACAGAUGGCAGGACAAUGGGAGGAAGCUCCGUCGUUAUACUUGCAACUCGAUAUCAAGUCAUUAUUCCAUGGAGAUGACCUGAAGGAAAGUGGUAUUCAGGAGGUUGACAUGGACAUGGAAGAUGGAGAUCGUGAAGAAGGAUUAUCAGGACAAGAAGAACAAAAGACUGAGAAAGUGAACUUGCCCACUCUUGGAGACCAUGUACCCGAAGAUUCUUCAAAGGAUGAGAAGAGAUGGGAUGCUGAGGGGGAUUAUCUUGUGGAAGUAAAAGAAUUAAGUAGGAGUAAAUGGUCUAAUAAUUUGGACGAAGAUGAAACUGAAGGAUCGGAAGCUAUUAAGGGAAAUUUGAACGCUCUCUCUGGCUUGAUCCAAGCAUAUGGGAACAAAGGAAAAUCUGUACGUUGGAGUGAUCAGGGUGGUGACACUGGGUUUUUAAUAGGUGCAGCCAAGAAGGCCAAGAUGCUGUCUCUAGUCAUUGGACCGGGAGCUGGUUACAACCUGAAGUCUAACCCAUUACCUAAAGAGGAGAGCCAUACAUCCAACAGCAUUGGCAAUUCAAAGAAGCAAAGUUCAUUCCAAGAGCGACUUCGUGCAGAGCACGAAUCCUUUAAAGCUGUUUUUGAUAGGAAGAAGAGGAUUGGGGGGCUUGAUCUGGAUGAAGAACAGUAAAUAAAAAAAGCUCGGGUAAGCUAUUUGGCCUUGUAGAGAAGUUCGGCAACUCCCCCAUUUUGUUGGUAUUUGAAAGGGUAGACAACCAUAUUUGUAGAGUAUAAUGGGAAAGAGGGGUGGUUCAGUUUUUGUAAUUCAGAAUGAAAACUCCAUAGUUAAUAUCCCUAUGGUAGGAAAAGAAAGAUCCCCUAUCAUGUGUAACAUAUUUAUUUUUCUGGGUUCCGAAGAUGUAUUCCAUGACGUACCCAGAAAGUUAUCCAUAUCUAUAAAAGUAUCCAAGCAUUAGAUA